CACAUUCAGCAGAGCACCGAGAGGGGGAUGGAAGGCAGAAGAGGGAGGAGUUAGUCUCGCAUAAAUGCUGGCAUAUGUCCGCCUGCUAGAAAACUCAGAAAUUUUCCUCUAGCAGCAAGGAGGUGAGAAGAGGACAGGGAGCCCGCCUGCCCACACACGAUGUGGCUGACUCUUCUUUACAGCUGCACCGGUGGAGCAGCUCUCCUGUAUGCUCUUUACAGAUGGGUGAUCCCCGCUGCUGUGCAGUAUCAUGGAGGAUUGGCGCUGAUGUGGCACGAUGUUAUUGUGGAGCGGAUACUGGACACUGUGACCCAGUCCACACGUCCUCAGAGGCUACUGGAUGCAGUACAGAAAAACGCCACCAGAGGGGACCCUCGCAGCGUGGUGAAAGCCAUUGAUCAGUUCUGCAAAAACAAGGAAUGGGCCAUGAAUGUGGGGGAUGAGAAAGGCAGCAUUCUUGACUCAGUGGUGUCUGAGGUAAACCCAGCCACUGUAUUGGAGCUGGGAACCUAUUGUGGCUACUCCACGGUACGGAUCGCCAGCCUGCUUCCCCCUCACGGCAAGCUCAUCACUCUUGAAUUCAACCCAGACUAUGCUGCAAUUGCUCGUCAAGUCAUUGCUUGGGCAGGAUUAGAGGAUAAGGUCCAAUUAGUUGAAGGAGCAUCUGGUGACUGGAUCCCCAAAAUGAAGGAGCAGUUUGGGGUGAAAACAUUUGAUUUAAUUUUCCUGGAUCACUGGAAGGAUCGCUAUCUUCCGGAUGCAAAACUAAUGGAGGAUUGCGACCUCCUCAGGAAAGGCAGCGUCCUACUGGCAGACAACGUGAUCUGCCCAGGAACUCCUGACUAUCUUGAAUUUGUCCGGAGCAGCCCGCGGUACAAGAGCCAGUACUUCAGAUCUCACCUGGAGUACACCAAAGCUGAGGAUGGCUUGGAGAAGUCUGUCUUCUUAGGGUAGUUUGUAACUAAAUGUGUCACGUUUUGCAGAGGUACUAGCAAACCUUAGACCUUGUUGUUUUGGGUUCAAUGAGCAGUCUGAAAAUCUGUUUUUCUAAUAUUUCACAGAGUCUGUUAAAUUGAAAUUAAAAGUAAUGUGAAGAAAU